GAUGAACCAGACUCUCCUCUAGAGGUUAGAUUUGGCUAGCCAUCAUUUCCUUUGUUGAAGUCACUUUCCUUUUACCCUCAGCACCUUGGAGAGUCACAUGAUCACAUAUUCAAAACCAUUAAUUUGUCAAGUUACAUUUCCUGUUUCUCUUUAAAUGGCUAUUAUUGUUCGAAAUGUUAAUCUCAUGUUUACCAUUUAGUCGCCAGGUUAGAAAUCACAGUAAAAGCAAACCUCAGCAUCUGUCUGUCUGUCUUUACAAGUGAUACGAUUUCAAUCCACAUUCAUUACAUAGACAUUUCUGCAGUUUAUUUUCACGUCCCUAAGUGCCGCUGUUGGUUAGUGUGAGGAAAAUAAGGGUCUUUUCCUGAGUAAAGUCCUCCCUCGUCUGUCUGAUGCGUUAUUGGAGCUCUGUUUUAAUCGAAACUAGACUGACAAAGCCAGCACUCAGCAAUGAGCACAUGUCCGAAUUUUACUGGUGGUUUUGUUUUUGCCAUUCGGAUUUUUUUUAAGGAUCUCGUCGUUAUGGGUGUUCUUUGUCAUGUUUCCGGAAAAAAAAUGAUUUUUCCGCUGCUUCUCUGUAUUUGUGUCGCAGAAAGGGCCCUCGGACAGGUCCGUUAUUCUAUACCUGAGGAGAUGGCGAUGGGCUCGGUUGUCGGGAAUAUCAUUCAGGACCUAGGCUUGGAUGUUAAGCGACUGAAAUCUGGGCGGGCUAGGAUAUUUACCGAGGACGGCAGUGAGUACAUUGGUCUGAAUGCAGAAAAAGGAACUGUGGUAGUGGCUAAAAGGAUAGACAGAGAAGAAUUAUGCAAGCAAGUGUCUCCCUGCUCUCUCCAUUUCCAAAUCAUCCUCGAAAAUCCAAUGGAGUUGCAUCGAAUUGAUGUAGAGAUUACAGAUAUCAAUGAUAAUGCUCCGUUUUUUUCGAAAAGGGAAUACAGUUUCCAGGUUAGUGAAUCUGCCUCACCGGGGGCUCGCUAUUCACUUGAGAGUGCCAAAGAUCCUGAUGUAGCACAUAACGCCAUUCAAACAUACAAACUCAACCCUACAGAUCAUUUCAAAUUAAAUGUUGUUUCUCGCCCUGAUGGCACAAAAUAUAUUGAAAUGGUCCUUCACACGUCACUUGACAGAGAAAAACAAGAAGAGCAUAAAUUAACGUUGACAGCAUUUGACGGUGGUAAUCCUCAGAAAUCCGGUUCUGUCAAAAUAAAUGUUGUGGUUUUGGACGCAAAUGACAAUUCACCAGUAUUUAGUCAGUCUGUUUACAGAGUAACCGUUCCUGAGAAUGCUUCUAGGGGCACUGUUAUAUUAAGAGUCAGUGCCACUGAUAACGAUAAAGGAGCAAACGAAGAGGUGGCGUAUUCGUUCUCCCACCAUACCGAUGGUGCAUCAUCUCACUUUAAUAUGGAACCUCAUACCGGGGAACUGACAGUAAUUGGCGUGUUAGAUUAUGAAAAAGUGAAACAUUAUGAAAUAGAUAUUGAGGCUACAGACAAAGGAGGGUUGGCCGACACAAGCAAGGUGCUAAUUGAGGUGAUCGACCUAAACGAUAAUGCCCCUGUCAUAAGCAUAAUUUCUCUCUCCAAUCCCAUACCAGAAGAUUCGGCUCCAGAUACUGUUAUAGCAAUGCUCAAUAUCAAAGACUUGGACACAGAUAAAAACGGCCAAGUGAAGUGUUUUAUUAGCAAAGAGUUACCUUUCAAAAUCAAGUCAUCCUCAACUAAUUUUUAUAGCCUGAUGUCUGAAGACGUUUUGGACCGGGAAACGGUACCAGAAUAUAAUAUAACAAUAACAGCAAUGGACGAGGGUUCCCCGCCUUUUUCCACAAACAAGACUAUUAUUCUAAGAAUAUCGGACGUAAAUGACAACGCCCCAGUGUUUCCACAACCAUUUUUCACCGCUUUCAUUAUUGAAAAC